GCCAAAGAAAAGAUUUGACGGGUGUUAUUAAUAACGGAGAAAUUUAUUUGUUUGGGGGGACUGAUGAAAAUCAGACGAUUUGGUAUGAUGAUAUGGUGAUAUUGGAUACCCUUCAUUUUGCAUGGAAUAAUGGAGUGAAUGCAACGAUAGUGUCGAACCCUAGAGCUGGUUAUGCUGCAGUUCUGUUAAAUGAUGGAAGGGUAAUUUAUAUUGGGGGCUUGAACGGUAAACAGAGUUUUGUGCCGAUGGAUCAAGUGAGAGCACAUUUCUUUUGA